AUGGCGGCGCCCAGCUCUUCCAUUCGGACGCUCCACCUGGCGCAGAAUAAAGGCCUGAAAAGGAUUUUCUCAGGUAUUCAACCAACUGGGAUCCCUCAUCUGGGAAAUUACCUUGGUGCUAUCACAAGUUGGGUGAAGUUACAGGAAGAAUGCAGCUCUGUGUUAUACAGCAUUGUAGACCUCCACUCCCUGACAGUACCAAGAGAGCCAGCUGUUUUACGCGCAAGCAUCCUAGACAUCACUGCAGCUCUCCUCGCCUGCGGCAUUAAUCCACAGCGGUGCUUCCUUUUCCAGCAAUCUCAGGUGCCUGAACAUACAGAGCUCAGCUGGAUUCUGGGUUGUUUUACAAGCUUGCCCCGUCUGCAGCACUUUCCACAGUGGAAGAUAAAGAAUGCAAACCAAAUGAAUGAAGGAUCAGUUGGCCUGUUCACCUAUCCUGUUCUGCAAGCUGCGGAUAUUCUUCUUUACAAGUCAACACACGUUCCUGUUGGAGAAGAUCAAGUCCUUCACUUGGAGCUGACCCAGGAUGCCGCCCGGCGCUUCAACAAGAAAUAUGGGGAAUUCUUUCCUGUGCCCAAAGCCAUUUUGACUGCAACAAAGAAGGUGAGGUCCCUCAGAGAUCCUACAUCCAAGAUGUCAAAGUCAGAUCCUCAGAACUUAGCCACAGUGGGCAUAACAGAUACCCCUGAUGAAAUAAAGCUGAAAUUUCGUAAGGCUGUCACAGACUUCACCUCGGAGGUGACCUAUGACCCAGAUCACCGGCCUGGCGUCUCCAACCUUGUGGCCAUUCACUCUGCCAUAACGGGGCUCAGCAAAGAGGAAGUGGUACACCAGAGUAUUGGCCUUGAUACUGCUCGGUACAAGCUAGUGGUAGCAGAGGCAGUAAUUGAAAAACUGGCACCGAUCAGGAAUGAAUUCAAGAGACUCAGAGCAGACAGAUCUUACCUGGAGAAGGUUCUGUGGACUGGAGCAGAAAAAGCCAAAGAACUUGCAGCCCCUGUGUACUGGGAAGUCAAAAGACUGGUGGGAUUGCUUUAGCCCUAAGGAAAAGCAGCUGGCGCCUUUCAUUAUUUGAGUCCCGUUUUGGUUUGCUUGAGACUGCUAUCUUGCUUCUAGUUUGUAGCCAAAUCAUUCACUCACAUACAUUAAAUUGAUGGAGACGGCUGGGAAAUUCCAGAGAGCCAAACAAGGCAGAAACUCCAAGUGAAGGAACCAACCCUAUGUGCUCUCCAUCCACUCAGCUGGCUCAAAAACAGGACUUCUGCUUAAUCCAAUAUGCUGCUUUGGGGAUCUGUUUUUUUCUCUAAAAUGAAUGUAUACAAAUACCAGUCACCAGUUCAUGUCCAGUCAAAGGCCGCGUAGACUUCUCAGCAGCUCCUGUGUGAACCCGAGCGGUUGAUCAGGCUGUCUGAAGUCCAGGUGCCAUCCCCUACCACCGGUGUUGGCUUCCCCCACUGGCAGUGUAAGGUAGCUUCUCACGCUACAUUUUGUACUCAAGUGCAGUUUCUUGGGAACAAAAUGCAUCCCAUCUCGGUGUUCUAGAGAGCACAGGCAUGUAGGAAAUGCAUGGAUGUGCCCCAUAACUCCUCCCUGUGAAAUACACAGAAGUGCCAGCAGGGAAAGGAUCAGCUCCAUGCCUCUGGAUGUUUCACAAAGGAAUGCUGAGCCUUCACGUGCGCACGCUUCCCCACCAACCCUGGGACCCUUUGCACUCAGAUCCUCACAUUUAGCAAUGCUAGGUCAUAACCUGAGGAAUGUAUGUGAACCUUCACAAUCCCAGAUGAAAUGGGAAAUGAAGUAGCUGCAGUUCCUCCCAUCUGCUCUCCAUUGGUUCUUCUGGCAACUCCUACUCACAUAGGGCUGCCUCCAUCCCAAAGAUAAGCAGCGUCUUUAUUCAGGCUCACUAAAGUGUGUGUUGGAGGGCAGGGGGUUUGAACUCUUGUUCUGUGAGAGGAGGAUGAACUUUCACAGCUUCCUGCAAAGAAUAGAAUGAUACUUCUGGCUGGCUGGCUGGCCAACUUGAACACAAGAGCUACAGUUGUGGUCAGGGAUCCUCUGUAGAAAGAGGAUCCCUCUCAUGAUCAACUUCCAUAGAUUCACUUCAACAGUCUCAAAUCUCGAAAGCCAGAUGAGAUGUGCUCUUGCAGAAAGGCUAAGGGUCCGUUGGCAAUGUGUUAGAAACAAAUCAGAGCUUUGCCUGUACUGCGUGGUCUUCACACGCUGCCUUUGCACCUGUUGCGUUUUCAUAUAAAUGUCAUGCUAGAGAUUGACAGCUAUAGAGCACAGUGGAGGGAGAGCCAGUGUACCUGAUUCCUCUUUCUAGGGAUGCUGUGAAAACGGAAAUAAUCAUGAAACCGUGGCAACCUUCUGCUGCUCAAUCAGCAGAACCAAUCACUGAACUGAUGAAACGAUAGAAACUAAUAAAAUUGUUUAAAUUUUGUGUGAUGAUUGAAAGCAAGAGGUAUGAGUUCAAAUCCUUUAUUGCCAUAUGGCAAAAAGGUAAGUGCUCGUUGCCUCCAAAUUUAAUUACAGAAGUAGGAGUUUAAAUUAUGUAUCUUACAUUCUGCUGUAAUGUGAUGUAGCCCAUUAUUUCCAUAAUAAGAAUGUGUAUUUGCAUAUUCUCUAAUAAUUUUGUGAUAACUGAUUGAUAGACAAUCCGAGAUUUGGAGUGAAGAGAUACAACUCCGUAAGAACAAAUUAGCUACAAAUAACAAGUGGAAGGAAGGUAUUAGUUUGGAAACAUUCAAUUGACAUUUGGCAAGAAUCUAAAGAAGCAGAGGAGCAAAAUUGGAGCAGGGAAAUAAGUUUGAAAGUAAUCAUUUUAAAACAUAACUGGUAUCGUAAGACCAGCUGAAGAUAUAAUAUGUAAAUACUCAAUGACAGAGUACUUGGGAGGCGAGUAUUCUGCAGGCAAACCUCACCAUUGCUAAUUGUGCAGAGAUGGUGUCAAAUAUUGGAGUUCAACAGUAGGUGGUUACCAUUGGGGCACGAGUAUUCUGCUUAGAUACCUCUAUAACUCCUAGCAGUGCUGUGGAGCGUAUGCCAAAGGCUGUGCUUCUCCAUUCUGCAAUGGUGAUGCAAAGUGCAGAACAUCCUGUAGCCUCCUUUCCCCCAAUAGAGAACUCUUCUUCCACACCUGUGGCACAGAUACUGGCUGAGCGUGCUGCAUCUCAUCCCCUUCUACUGACAUGCAUCCCUCUUAGUUUAACCUUGCUUUAGGCAGUCAACAGCCUAUGUCUUCAAUCAUUCCACUGCUGCAUGUUUCUGCCAAGAGAGCAGCCUUGUCCUGGAGGGAGAGCAGACUGUUGAGUGUCCGUAGUUGAAGUGCAAAGAGGUCCUGCCCAAAGGGAUGGGCCAGCUGCAGUGCAGACUGCUCAGCAAACUGUGGCAACAUCCUAGUGGGUAAAGGAGGGGCACAGUGGUGACUUAUGAGAAAAAUUACUCUGCAAGAUCUGUGUGUGUAUGUAUAUAGAGAGGGAAUAUGUGUGCCACCCCCAUCCUGCCCUUGCCUACCUGUGCAGCUGUCAAAGGAUUCCCCAACCACCAAUGUGCAGCUGUCAAAGGAUUCCCCAACCACCCUCCACCCAAAUAGGGUUGUCACCUUGACAUAGGAGCAUUGAAGGUUGUGCCUGACUAUUUGAAGCACUAGUUGGGCAAGCCAAACUGUGGCUGAAUGGGGGAAUAGUGCAGGGUAUACUAGUGUAGAUUUGCAUUGCUUGGAAUUGAGAAGAGCAGAUGUUGUAUCCUGUUCUAUACUUUGGAAGAGGGUAGGGUGAAAAUUGAAUAAAUAAUGGAUUGAUACGUGUGUGAUGGAAGGAAAUAUUUAUUGCAGACUUUCAAAGCAACAUAACUGUGGAAGGCGAUGGCAUAAAAUGUACGGACGGCAUUGCUGUGAUGGUCCACGGCAGUGGGGCUGCUGGGAAUCAGUAUAGCUUCCUGUGAAACUUAUGAUUUCCACCAGCAGGUGGACACAUAACU